AUGCCUCCGCUGCCGAGGAACAUGGGGGCCGUCAUCCUCUCUUGGGACUUUGACGAUUACGGACAAAAAGCACGUCGUCUUGGUUCAACUCUCGUGGAGUGUGGUGCCUGCUUGGAUGAUCUCUUCGUCUCCGUUCGUGCCCCCGACUGCGCCGCCUAUCUUUUCUUUCCCUCUCCCAAGACCUACGUUGCCCUUCGGAAGUUGCCCUCUGGAAUCAACUUAUUCCUCACGCACAUCAAAUUUGAAGACCCCCAACUUUCACACUUGGGGAACACAACACCCCCGCUCAAACAUCUUGGAUACCAAACCAACAAGCGGCCAUACGGAGAGGACUUUGUGGUAUACACGACUCCCCUGAUUGUCACACCUAGUAAUGCUUGUUCUUGA